AUGAUAGAUAUGGGCUUGCCAGAUGCCGGAAUAACCAGCUAUAGUAUAUCAACCACCUGGGUAUCCACCGCUGGACCAGGGAUAUGGUAUAUUUGCGACACUGGACCUCCUGUGCGGAUAUCCCAACGCGGUGCAGCGAAUACUCGUUGUGCUGCCCGGGUAUUGAUACCCAAUCCCAUAUCGUCCGUUGAUGUCGAAGGCGGAUGGACGAUGGGAUCAAGUCUCUCUCAACGCUGCAAAGAGAGACGGGAUCAGCUGAGAUCAUGUGACGCCCAAGCUGGGUCGAAUUCUCUCUCGCAGCGCUUGGGCCGUAAUGGGCUUAGCGCCCUUGGCACUCCGUCUUAUCGCGUCAAGUCAGUGGCGACCGGCGACAUAAUCAGGGGCACAUGCCUCGAUACCAUACCGGAUAAAUACGCAUACACCUGGACACUGCACCCCGCCUCAACGCCGCCCUCCAUCCUCCGUCCUCCACCCUCCAUCCUCCCAUCCGCCGGUGUGGACACCAGUUCAGCCCACGAGAGAUGCACGAGGACAGGCAUGGAGAGCAGCGUGUUGGAAUCCACAGAUACAGAGAUCCGGAAUAAAGCAAUAAUACAAAAUACGUAUGCCCGCUCUUCUUGCUCCCCACUUCGCCAACCACCAGUUCUACGACAAUCCCCCAUCUCCCAAAUAUCCCCGUUUCUGAGUCCAGCAGUCGGAUCCCUCUGCUGGCUUGGGUCGUUUCCCUUCGGCUACGGUUAA